GUGGGGGAGGGCAGUGAUCCGGGUGGAGGAAAUUUGGGAGGAGUGUCCGGGGGGCAGCAACUUAAAAGGGGGAGGGAACUGCGGCUGAGGAGACGUUCGGUGAUGGGAGCGCAAUGUAUGAGGGGAUACUGUGCCUCAGGUUUAAAAGAGCAGGAAGCUGAGUGAGAGGUUGGAGAAAAAGUGUCUUCUCUAGGCGGAGGUUACAGGUGGUGUCUCAGCAGAGAGCUCAGAGGCUGCACGCUGUAGUCGGGAAGAGGAUCGGAGAACUGUGGAAGGGACAGUUUAGGGGCUAGCGUCCUGGGGCGAGGGAGAAGUUCCUGACUUUUUGGGGACUGGCAGGAAUGUGCCUCCUGACCCUCGGUGCUUCCCCCCUGGGGGGAGGCAUGGUGAGGGACUGUGGCAGGCUUUACUGAACGCUGAGUCGCGGAGGUCCAACUCCACGUAUGGAUCCAGGGAAUAAGAAUUCAGCCACAGAGGCUGCUGCGAUCAUAGACCUCGAUCCCGACUUCGAACCCCAGAGCCGUCCCCGUUCCUGCACCUGGCCCCUUCCUAGACCAGAGCCCACUACCAAGCCCUCCGAACCGCCCGAGGUGGAGCCAGGUCUGGGAGAGAAGGUACACACGGAGGGGCACUCAGAGCCGAUCCUGUUGCCCUCGCGGCUCCCAGAGCCGGCAGGGGGCCCCCAGCCGGGGAUCCUGGGGGCUGUAACAGGUCCUCGGAAGGGAGGCUCCCGCCGGAAUGCCUGGGGAAAUCAGUCAUAUGCAGAACUCAUCAGUCAGGCCAUUGAGAGCGCCCCGGAGAAGCGACUGACACUCGCCCAGAUCUAUGAGUGGAUGGUCCGCACGGUGCCCUACUUCAAGGACAAGGGUGACAGCAACAGUUCAGCAGGAUGGAAGAAUUCCAUCCGCCACAACCUGUCCUUGCACAGCAAGUUCAUCAAGGUUCACAAUGAGGCCACCGGCAAGAGCUCUUGGUGGAUGCUGAACCCCGAGGGAGGCAAGAGUGGCAAGGCACCCCGCCGCAGGGCUGCCUCUAUGGAUAGCAGCAGCAAGCUGCUCCGGGGCCGCAGCAAAGCCCCCAAGAAGAAACCAUCCGUGCUGCCAGCUCCACCCGAAGGUGCCACUCCAACAAGCCCUAUUGGCCACUUCUCCAAGUGGUCAGGCAGCCCUUGCUCUCGAAAUCGUGAAGAAGCUGAUAUGUGGACCGCCUUCCGUCCACGAAGCAGUUCAAAUGCUAGCACUGUCAGCACCCGCCUGUCCCCCAUGAGGCCAGAGUCUGAGGUGCUGGCAGAGGAGGAGAUACCAGCCUCAGUCAGCAGCUAUGCAGGGGGUGUCCCUCCUACCCUAAAUGAAGAUCUCGAGCUGCUAGAUGGGCUCAAUCUCACAUCUCCCCAUUCCCUGCUAUCUCGGAGCAGUCUCUCUGGCUUCUCUUUGCAGCAUCCUGGGGUUCCUGCCCCCUUACACACCUAUGGCGCCUCUCUCUUCGGCCCAGCAGAGGGGCCCAUGUCAGCAGAAGGGUGCUUCUCAAGCUCCCAGUCUCUGGAGGCCCUGCUCACUUCUGAUACUCCACCACCCCCAGCUGAUGUCCUCAUGACCCAGGUAGAUCCCAUUCUAUCCCAGGCUCCCACACUUUUGUUGCUGGGGGGGAUGCCUUCCUCCAGUAAGCUGGCCACAGGAGUUGGCUUAUGCCCCAAGCCCCUAGAGGCUCCAGGCCCGAGCAGUCUGGUUCCCACCCUUCCUAUGAUGGCACCACCUCCAGUCAUGGGAGGUGCUCCCAUCCCCAAGGCUCUGGGAACUCCUGUGCUCACACCUCCUACUGAAGCUUCAAGCCAAGACAGAAUGCCUCAGGAUUUAGAUCUUGAUAUGUAUAUGGAGAACCUGGAGUGUGACAUGGAUAACAUCAUCAGCGACCUCAUGGAUGGGGGUGAAGGACUGGACUUCAACUUUGAACCAGAUCCCUGAGUCAUGGCUGAAAGCUUUGUCCCCUGCUUCAGAGGUGGAGCUAGGCGUGUCUAUAUCCACUCUUUUCCCUUGAGUCCUCCCCAGGAAUUUGGGACCCCUGCUUUAGAGCUAGGGUGGGGUCUAAUCACACACACACAUACACACACACACACACACACACACGCACACACACACACACACACAUACACAUACACACACA